UCCAGACUUCUUUCUGGUCCCUGUCUUAAAGGGAGCCAUCUGUUUCAGAGAUAAUGCCACAGACCAGCAUCCUGGUCACCCAUGCGCCUGCCCCACAGUCCGUGCAGGUCUGUGACCUUCCCCACAAGGUGUAUGAGAUAGAGAGAAACACAGGUCCCUAUAGCUCCUCAGGGCUGGCCACAGCUGGUUUCAGGACAGCCAAGUACCUUUCAGAGGAAUGGUAUCAAAACAGCUACACCCGCUACCAUCAGGCCUUUGCUGACCGUGACCACGCAGAGCGUACCCGGCAUGAGUCCAAGCAGCUGGCAGCUGAGACAGAGGCCCUGAGCCAGCGCACACAGCAAGACUCCACCAAGAAGGUAGGGGAAAGACUACAAGACAUACAUUUUUGGAAGUCGGAGCUACAGAGGGAGAUCGAGGACUUCAUAACUGAGACUGACUUGCUGAUUGGUCAAAAACUGAGGCUAGAAAGGGCCCUGGAUGCCACCGAAGUACCUUUCAGCAUUGCCACGGAUAACCUGCAAUGUCGGGAGAGAAGGCAACCUCCGGACCUGGUUAGAGAUAUCGUGGAAAUUGAGCUAUUGAAGGAAGCUGAACUCAUCCGAAAUAUUCAAGAACUCCUGAAAAGAACUAUAAUGCAAGCCAUUAAUCAGAUAAGGCUGAACAGAGAGCACAAGGAAAUCUGUGAAAUGGACUGGUCAGACAAGGUUGAGACCUACAAUAUUGAUGAGAUGUGUGCCCGUUACACAAACCAAAGCACCAACAUUCGGUUCCACCCUCACUCAUCCACGUUUGAAGAGAGUGCCUCUACUCCAGAAACGUGGGCCAAGUACAGCCAUGACAACAUCUAUCGGGCAGAGCGGGAGAAGAUGGCGUCCAUCAACCUGCGACUGCUGAUUGACAAUAUCCUCAAUGACACCGCGGAGGACCUCCGCCUACAGUGUGAUGCUGUCAACUCAGCCUUUGCCAAGCGCUGCGAGGAGAUGGAGGAUGCCAAAUACAAGCUGGAGCACCACCUGCAUAAAACACUCAGAGAAAUCAGUGAUCAGGAAAACAGCAUUGCAUCCCUCAAACAAGCCAUCAAAGACAAAGAGGCCCCUCUAAGAGUGGCUCAGGAGAGGCUUUAUCAGCGAGCACAAAGGCCCAAUGUGGACCUCUGCAAGGAUGCAGCACAAUUCAGGCUGAUGAGCGAAAUUGAAGAGCUAAACAUGUCCAUCAAGGCCCUGAAACAGAAGGUGCUGGAAUCUGAGCAGGCCCUGAGGAACUUAGAGGACAGUCGUAUGACCUUGGAGAAGGAAAUCGCCGUCAAGGCUAAUAGUCUGUUCAUUGACCGGCAGAAGUGCCUGGCACAUCGCUCACGCUACCCCACCAUCCUCAAGCUGGCAGGCUACCAGUAGGGACUCAAAUCUUUCUUUCCAAGACCACCCUGUCCCAAAGAAAGACUCA